GUCUCAAAUGCACUCCGAUCUAUAACCUGUGAUCUGUGGAUGAUCUGUGGUGCUUGUGUUUUUGAUAGGCGUGAGUUUCUAAAGUCCUUCUCAACAUAAAAACUUUGUGGAAAUAAAAAAGAAAACUUCAAAGCAUCAAUAUGUGUGCGAAAAUGGCAUUUCAGCACCAAGCUGGAACGGCUAUGGAAUGCUUAAGCAUUCCAAUAACACUGCAAAAAGAAGUGUGUGGGGACCAAAUGAGAUGUGGCUUUAAAAUUGGUGGUGGAAUUGAUCAAGACUUUAAUAAAAGCCCCCAGGGGUACACUGACAACGGUAUUUAUGUGACUGAAGUUCACGAGUCAAGCCCAGCCUCAAGAGCUGGGCUACGAGUGCAUGACAAAAUUCUGCAAUGUAAUGGGUACGACUUUACGAUGGUAACUCACAAAAAAGCGGUCAGCUACAUAAAGAAGAACCCUACGCUAAGUUUGCUAGUUGCUAGGAAAGGAGUUACUUCAUCUUAAGUUCACCCGGUAACAAGCCUAAAAUCAUUCCAUCGUUUAAGUAAUUUAAGUUACCGUGCGACAUAAUGUUUAGUAUGAAUGAACUUUUAUUUAUUCUCUUCACUAUUAAAUUUUGUGCCAUAUCCAUUUUUAUCACUGUAGAUGAGAAACAGUUCAAUACAAUCUUUUCAAAUUGCGAUAAAUCAAUGUAGAAGCGUAGACCGUGUAUGCCAUAUUAGGAUGUAGGCUGUCCUUUUUAUAGUGUUUAGGAAGUUGUUGCUUAGGGUCUAUUGAGUUAUGUAUGUUUAAUUGAAAUAUUUAUGCAAGUGUUAUCUAAGUGGAGAUAUUGUCUAUUUUAAAAGUAUUUGGCAUUGCCAGUCUGUGGCAUUAUUCUGUAAGUGUUAUGCUUCAUUGUAUCAAGUCAGUAUUUAUUUAAUUGUAAUAGCUAUUAGGUUUUAUAAGGAGACAAUUUCAAAGUAAAUUAUUGUGUGAUAAUAUACAUAUACAGUAAA